UAUUUCUGAUGAUUCCUCGAUAUUCUUUUUGGUAUUAUUUGUUUUAAUAAGUUUAGAAUUUAAAAUGCACUUAUUAUUUACUUCUACUCUUCUAAGAAAAUGGAAUUCAUAGUUUUUUUUGUAACUCAAUCAAAAAUAUUUUUAUAAUAUUUCACUACUUAAAGUAUUUCAUUAUUUUGGUACCUUGAAAUUACUUUUUUAAAUAAUAGAGUUUUCUUUGAUAGUCUUUAAUAGGGUGCCUGAAAUCUUCGGAAAAUACACAAAAUUAGCCUAUAUCAGUUGGAGUACAAGCAUAAAAAUGAGCUUUUCAAGCCAAAGAAGUCUAAUGGACAAAUUCAAUUUAAACAUAGAUCUACUGGAUUAUAAAUAUAUUGAAAGCUGCGUUGAUGUGAAACGGUUGGAGAAAAUUUUGAAAGUACUCAGAAGUGGAGAAGAAGGGCUAUUUCCUCAUUUAAUAUCCUUUUGCGAACAGAAACUCAGUGAAAAAGAUCCAGAAAAUGCAUUAUUGAAAAAAGAAAAUAUGAUAAAGCGAUAUGCCGAUCUUCCUGUAACAGAGAGAAUGCAAAUUCAACAAGAGAUAAAGGAAUGGUCAAGUCCAGCAAGCUAUGUAGAGGAAAAGUGCGAGAGAGAGUUAAUCCAAGUUGAAAAUGAUUUACCACCUAUUAGAGAGCAAUGGAAACUUACAAAAGAGUCAAAUGAGAAUCGUGAAAAAAGCAAUGGAGAAAAGGGGAAAAUCUCAAAGCCUCGGGAUUAUAAAGAUUGGGAUAGAUUUAACGUUGAUGAAGAACUGCAAAAAAUUGAUAAUGAAAAAACGCAGUCAGAGAAAACAAGGACGUCCUUAAACGCUAUAACUGAAUUAUGCGAUAAAAUAUCCGUAAAUGGUUUGUCUGUCUCAGAAUGUGAACACAUAAGUAAUUUAGAAAAUACGAAAGGAAAUGAAGCUUUUAAGGCUAAAGAAUAUGAAGAAGCUGUCACAUAUUAUUCUCGUAGCUUAUCUGUUCAUAAAACAACAAAGACAUUGAAUAACAGAGCACAAGCAUAUAUCAAGUUGAAAAAUUAUAAAGCAGCUGUAAAAGAUUGCAUUGAAGUAUUGAACCUGGAACCGGAUAAUAUAAAAGCUAUUUAUAGGAGAGGUUUAGCUCACAAAGAGGCUGGUCUAUAUGAUUUAGCGGCUAUUGAUUUCUAUUUGGUACUGGGAAUAGACCCAGAUUGUCAAGCUGCACAAAAUCAGUUGCAACAAAUGGAGAACGAAAAGGGCAAUAAAAAUACAGAAGCAAAGAUCCUAAUUGAAGAAUUGGACUCGAGUGAUAAUGAAAUAGGCACAGCACUUGAUGAAAAGAAAUCAUUUAAUGAAGACGAAACAGCCACCAAAAUAACUAUCGAAGAAAUUGAAUCGAGUGAAAAUAGAAAACAUAUCAUGCUAGAUGAUCUUUGCCAUUUCAACGAAGAACAAAACGAGGAUCGGCCACUUCCUCAGAAAGUAAAGAACAUGUUUUUGAUAACUCAAAAUAAGGAAUCGACUCCAAAAGAAUUACCGCAAACCCCUGACAAACGAACGAAAUACUGCAGUAAUUUGCAAGUAAUUAAAUCCUGCAAUGCUGAAGAAUUUACAGGAGACAAAACUAAAACUAAUGUUCUAAAUUCAAUUGAAGAAACAACUGAUAAAAUUAAAUCUUUUGAUCUAAAAGUUCUUGAUGACAGUGUUCAGGAUUUUAAAAAGGGAAGUUGCGAGGAAGCUACUGAAAAUUCGAACAGUAGUAACGCCGUUAGAAGUUUUAAAGACAAUAUACUGCUGCAUACGAAUGAGAAUAAAACAGUUAAAUCAACUGAAAUAAGUAAUGAAGUUGGUAACUUUGAUAAGAGAAAUGUUCCUGGUCCGACAGAGAAAAGUAAAGAACAAAACGUGGAAACCAAAGUGACUCCAUUUGAAUUCAUCAAUAUGUGGUCUCAAGAAAAUGCCUAUAAAGACAAUGAAGCUGGAGCUGAUAUCUUACUUAGAAUUAAGCCCGAAGAACUUCCCAAGUUCCUAACAUACAAAUUAGACAGCCAACUAUUAAUCAGUUUACUCAAAGCAAUAGGAAAAUUAGAUAUUAAAGAUGAAUACUCUCUGAGUGUCAAGUAUCUGAAUAACCUCAUCAAAACUCCUAGAAUAGGCACAAUUGCCCUGCUUCUAACAAAGAGCGAAAAAGAGUAUAUUCACAAUUUAUUUUCAAUCAUGGAGGAAAAGGAUAAAGGAAGCAUAUUACAAGCAAGAAACAUUUUGAAUUAAUGUUACGUUAUUAAUGUUACGUUAAUUAAAUGUGACGAAGCUAUGUUCACAGAAUGCAGACUAAAUGGAUAAUAUAUUGUUUACAUGCAAUGACAUCAUAAUAUUUUGUCCAGUAAAAUUUCAAAAGAAAUUACAACUGUAAUUUUGUAAUUCUGAAAAAGUUAUUAGAAAAAUAAAA